GGGUCAUCGUUAAUCCAACCAGUCGCGACGCUUGGCAUCCGUGAAGAGUUGGAGCUGGCGUGUCUCGACAGCCUCCUCGACGCCACAGCCAUUCUGUUGCCGACCAGAAUCCUGAGAUGCGCGGCGCGCACUCAGUUUUCUGCCUUGGGAGCAAUGACAUCUCCUGAUCCGUUUCGAGCAUCGCCACCUGGCACACGACGCGAGCGGCUUGUCAUCGGAUCCUCGUCCCCAGGUCUCCCCCCGCUCCAGGAUAUUCUGUCUCAAAAGUCCGUUCGACCCCCUUUGCGAAGCGGUAGUAAAGCUGCACCGAUUCCGGAUGAUGCCCCGACGAGUUUUAUCUCGGCACGAAACCUUUGGCAAUCUACGGAGACUACGCCAGAGGCACCACAAGCUGACCAACCUGACCAACCUCUUAUCGAAAGGGCUUGCGACGCCGAUGUAUCAGUUUCAAUUGUCGAAAUCCCGCCAGAAUCUCGACCGAAGCCUCGAAAGCCAAGAGCCCAGAAAGGAAAGGGGAAGAAAGUGGAUGGACCGAGCGAAACGACGGACGAAUCCAAGCCUGCCAAAAAGGAACGAAUUCGGAAGAAGCCACAGCCCAAGGCCAAGAAAAUCGAGCAAAAAGAUGGCCACACAGAGGUUGGAACGAAAUCCGGGAGGUCAAAAGCAGGAGGCAGUGGCAGCACCGGCACGACGAGUAAACACUUUGAAUCAACGACCGAUCCCGAUCUAUCGGCAAAAGUGAAGGAAAGCCAUGCAAAUGAACCGCUGGAAUUGGAGUUUGCGACCGCUCGGAAAGCGGACUGGACGCCCCCCGCCCAAAAGGUCAUCAUCAACAUCGACUCGGAUUGCUCAACCAUCAAAAAGCUAGCGUCAGAUGGUAACGGCCAACAGAGCCCGACAUUCAGAAACCUCCUCAAAGAUUACGCGUGCCCAGAUGAAGCUCCCCAAACCACCUCGGCACCUUUGGACGAAGACUCAGGCUUUCUCAAGAAAAGGAAACGCAUUGAACUUGUGAAAGAUGCAAACCCGCCAGAGCCAGAAGUCCCCAAGAAAUCACCAACCAAAAAGAAGGCACCUAGGAAAAAACCCAGAACAAUCACCGAGGUUGCAACUGCGGCCUAUAAAACACCAACGCAACCGGAUCCUGAACCCAUCGACUCAAUUUUGAACCAUUUUCCAUUGGAUGCUGGCCCAGCCCCUCCUGCAGUCGAGCCCGCAAAGAACGGCAAAGGCAAACCAAGCACUCGGAAGAGGCCUUCUAGGGCGACGAAGAAGAAAGCCCCACCGCCAAAGCCCAUUUUGCUUUCGCCUGGGGCAGCGCUCGACCAGGUUGCGAAACAAAAUUUCCUCUUUGGAACAUCAAGCCAAUUAGCAAGGGAACCAUCGCCGACGGUUCUCCGGGACCUUCAAGCUGCAAUAAAGCGGUCUUACCAGGAUGACUUUGACGAUUUUGCCACGCCAAUCAACAGCGAUGCCAUCGAACCUCUAGAUCAACGACCCAGGUUAUGGGAGGCAGCGGCAAGGGAUACUGAGGGUGAUCUCUUUGAUAUCGAAGUCAUUAACCUUGCUGAGAGCUCGCCGCAGUUACCUACCACGCGCGCUGUUACUGACCCGUUUGGAUAUUUCAGAAACGAGGGUCAGGGUGUUGUACCUGCUAUUGCGACAGGAGUUGUUGCGUCUGAAGGUGCUGAUUCAUUCGUCAACUUGUCUGACAUUCUACCCUCACCCGGCGGGAUACCAACGCAGGUUGAAGAGGGCGAGUCUCCAUUCUUCUCUGGGAGCGAUGGCUCGGCCAACACCAACAUCCGGGAACAGGCACCCCCUCACCGCUCCCUCAUAGCUCCCGCGGAUCAAACAAGUGGAUCACGGCAAGAAAUUGCCCCCCUUGAUCAGCCAUCACGACCGAAGUACGAGCUUUUGACUGAUAUUCAGCUCGCAAAGGAAGUCAAAACAUACGGCUUCAAGCCAAUCAAGAGACGAAGUGCCAUGAUCGCCUUGUUAGAUCAAUGUUGGCAAAGCAAGGUUCGAAUAGGCCAAGCCAGUAUGCACACAAGCGCUACUCUGUCCGCGGCCGCUUCUAAACCUUCACAAUCAAGCAAUCUGGCACUGGUUUCCAGCCCUGGAAAGAGACCACGAGGCCGGCCGAGGAAGAACAGUGUCAGUGCCUCGGAACCGCAAGAGCCACCGCCAUCUGCACAGCCACCAGAUACUCCAAAACGACCUCGAGGUCGGCCGAGGAAGGAUAGUGCCAGUCCGUCGCCAAUCGCGAAAUCUCGACCGAAGCCGAAGUCAAAGUCGCCAAAGAAAUCUGCGAUCUCCCCAAGGCGUAAGAAAGCUGAUGCCAAGGCCGCCAUCGAAAUUCCCGACUCUGCUUCAGAAAAUGCGACCGACUUUGCAUCUUCGCCUGACUCUUCGGUCGAGCGAAUGUUUUCGUCGCCACCGCCUCUUGAUUUAUCGCUUUCCAUGGCGGAUGACACAGAGCUUUCUCUAAUGGCGUCCCAGACUGAUCAACAGACAACAUUGUUUGACCACGUCACAAAAGCAAUCAAGUCAACUCCUCGGACAACAGACCCCGCGAAUCCCUCAUGGCACGAGAAGAUUUUACUCUACGAUCCCAUUGUCCUUGAAGACCUCGCGGCAUGGCUAAAUUCGGGCGAGCUAACUCGGGCUGGGUAUGAUGGUGAGAUCAGCCCAGGAGAGGUCAAGAAAUGGUGUGAGUCUAAGAGUGUAUGCUGUUUAUGGAAGGUUAACUUGCGUGGGAAAGAACGAAAGCGUUUUUGAUAUGAUUUAGACGAGCGAGGCGUUCGCAUUGCGAUGGAAUUCCGCGGCGUUAUUCGGGCUGUAUCAACACAAUGAUCAGCAAUUUUAUCAACUUCGUUUCCUUCAAAUCUCCUUACCACUCUGAUGCCAGGGAGUGACCAUACUCCCAAGCUUCUACCUCCUACUAGUCAGAGGCUGUAGAUCAGGAGUGUAUGCAUUAUUGAACUUACUAGAUGAUACUACCAUAGGAUAGGUCAAGGCGUAAGCCCAUUCUGUCGAUUCAUUUAAGGGAACUUUUUUUAAGGUCAUACCUUCGU